AUGUCGAAGCUAUUCAUCGGCGGCCUGGCUUGGCACACGGAGGAGGCCACCCUCCGCCAAAAGUUUGAAGAGUUUGGCGUCGUCGAAGAAGCCGUUGUGGUCAAGGACCGCGACACUGGCCGCAGCCGAGGGUUCGGAUUCGUGCGCUACACCAACGACGACGAUGCACAAAAGGCCAUCACGGCAAUGAACAACAUUGAAUUUGACGGGCGGACCAUUCGCGUUGACAAGGCCUCGGACACGGGCCCGCGAGGCGGCUACGGCGGCCGAGGCGCAAGCCCGUCCGGGUUCGGCCGGGGCGGCUACGGCGGCGGCGCCCCACAGAUGCCCCAGAUGGGCUACGGGAUGCCCGCGCAGCAGGGCUACCCGGUCGCAGCGCCGCAGAUGUACGGACAGCAGGCGUACGGAGGCGUAGGACGAGGCGGCUAUGCGCAGCCCAUGCCGCAGUACGGAACGCCUCCUCCCCAAGGUUGGCCCCAGGGUGGCAAUGCCUACGCAUAUGACCCCAACCAGCAACAGCAGCAGCCGCCGCCUCACCAACCCCCUCCUCAGGGCGGCGGUCAGGGCUACUGA